UUCAUUUAUUUUGAUUUCAAGAUUCUAAAACCUGAAAUCUCUAUUCCAAAACAUAACUCUGUUGCUUCAUAAUGGAUCAAUUCACGUUGGGUCCCUUGAUUGCCCAGCAACGUCGCCGUGGAAAACGGAAAAGCUUAACUGUUACUUUUGCUCGAGGCAUUGGUCAACGGGAGAUGCUUCGCGCUAACACAUUGCCUUCGAUCACACGAGCAAAGGUCGGAUGCUUCGCAAGACUGCGGAUAUAUGAAGAAAAUGCUCGAUUCGUGCUCAUUUGCAUAAUUCUGAUAGUUUAUUUAGCGUUCGGUGCAAUCCUUUUCCAUUGGCUCGAAUGGGAGAAUGAAGUUGAUGAACGAAUAGCGAUUGACAAUCGUAUGGCAGACUAUCAAAAAGUUUACUGUAAACACAAACCAUUGAACGAAUGCGAUUUCGAAGAAAUGGUUAGAUUUAUAUCCGAUGGAGCAACCAGCGGGCUAUUGAACUCAAGAUCUCGUUUUGAUCAUCUUGGUUCUCUUUUCUUCUCAGCAACUGUCAUAUCUACAAUUGGAUUUGGAACAUCAACUCCUAGAACACAUCUUGGUAGAUUCAUCACAAUUGUUUACGGAGUUGUUGGAUGCACCUGCUGUGUGCUGUUCUUUAAUCUAUUCUUGGAGAGAUUGGUGACUGGAAUGUCAUACAUUUUAAGAAGUCUUCGAGAGCGCAAAAUCCGAUAUCGACUCAAGGAAUCAGGAAACAAACCGGUCACGUUGCUGCUUAACAACGAAGAUUUCAAUGAAUCUUCAAGCUCUUGUGGCGGCCACAUGGACAACUGGAGACCCUCUGUGUACAAAGUGUUCUUCAUUCUUUUUUCAAUGUGCCUGGUUUUGAUCACCGCCUCCGCUGGAAUUUAUUCGGUCGUUGAAAACUGGAAUUACAUUGAUUCCCUAUACUUCUGCUUUAUCAGUUUUGCCACAAUCGGCUUCGGUGAUUAUGUAUCAAAUCAGCAGGAUGUAACACGGAUGAGCCCUGAUUUGUACAGAUUUGUCAAUUUCUGUCUUCUGACUCUUGGAGCUUGCUUCUUCUAUUGUCUUUCAAAUGUGUCUUCAAUUGUUGUUAGGCAACUUUUGAAUUGGAUGAUCAAGAAAAUGGAUGUAAAAGUCGAAGACCGAUCAUUCUUGUGCUUUAAGAAAAAACGAAGAUAUAUGGGACUCGGACUUCGACCACCAAAAGGAUACGAUAUGACAUCUGAAAGGUCGUCGGUUGAUUACGCAGAUGGGUUGCUAUCGUUGAAAGAAUUUUUAAUGAAUAACCAGAGCUCAAUGAUCAUGCUACAGAAACAAUUGAUUAAAAGUGCAAUGAAAAAUGUGGUGGAGAAUGAGGAGCAGAAGAUAUCGGCAACAAGAGUUGGACCAAUGGGAAUAUUGGAUGAAGCUUUUGGAGAUGAGCCUUAAACCUUUAAUCAGAGUUUUACUCGGGUCGAUUUUUGAUUAUCUUGUAGAAUGCUCGUGCAAAUUGUAUAAUUAGUAUCGGGUUUGACAUUAUCGGAACAAGAAGUUUCGCUAGUUUAUUGAGAAGGUGUUACUUGUUUAAUAAUGUAUAAUGUCAUUUUUUCAUUCCUUACAACAACUCAAAUGUACCUAAUCUCAUUUUUAACGGGUCUCAAUUGAUUUCUAAAUGAACUUUCUAUUCCUUGA